UGCACUGGAUCAUCAUGAACUGUCAAUAUCAAUAUGUUCAUUUCCAACCAAUCAGAGCCCAGUCAAGUCCUUCUUCCUCUGGUAUUAAGAAAAAACAAACAAAUAUAUAUAUCUAUUGGUGAUUUAAUGCGUAAGCAGAACCCACUUCAUCCAUCAUCACAGAUCCAAGGUACAACUUUCACCUUUCAGAAUUAGGAAAAAAUACAGAUAAACAUGGAUUCCAUGGAACUUGAUGACUGCGGCUAUUUAAAAAAGAACUUAACGAUGCAAGGGAUUGUCACUGAAGUGAACUUUCGACAAAAGAAAAAAUCAUCCAGAUGCAUCACUGUGUCUCUUGGUUUGCUGUGCGCCGUCCUAUUGGCCGGUAACAUUGGACAGUUAAUCUACUAUGAGAUAUUGCCUCGUUUUUCAACGGAGCACCAGGCUAAAUCCGACCAUCUCCACAAUGACAUCUUUCCCACAGACACAAACCACAGGGAAAGAAAUGAGCUUGAGGUCACACUGGAUAACCUAAUGAGGGACAAAGACCAGUUGCAGACGAACUAUGAGUCUCUGGUGUCAGACAGAGCACGACUCCUUGACAAUGAAAUGACUUUGACUGCCGAAAGGGAUGAGAUUCGGGCCAACUUCCGGCGUGUGAAGCAGCAGCAUGAUGAGUUGCAGACUAAUUAUAGCCUCUUAAAUAGGGAGACUGAUGUGCUACAUACCCUGACUAGUGCACUGGGGACAGACAAAGACCAGUUACGGGCUAGUUACGAGUCCCUCGCUAAGGUGAAAAACCAAUUACAGACCAGCUACAAUUCCCUCGUGAAAGAGCAGGAAAGACUUGAAGCCAAUAAAAUUACUGUGACUGCCGAAAGAGAUGACUUCAGGUCCCGACUCAAUAAUCUGGAAAAGGAGAAUGACCAGUUACAGCGCAAUUACUCUUCACUGAGAAGCGAGAAAGACCAGUUACAGACCACUUACGAGUCCCUCGUUCAAGAGAAAGACAAGUUACAGACCAGCUACAAUUCCCUCGUUGAAGAGAAAGAGCUUCUACUAACUAGUGAAACCAAUGUGGCUGCAGAAAGAGAUGAUUUCAAGUCCCGCUUUGACAAACUAAAAAAUGAGAAAGACCAGCUGCAACGUGAUUACUCUUUAUUGAGGAAGGACAAAGACCUGUUACAGGUCAGUUUUGAUUCCCUUGUUCGAGAGAAAGACCAGUUACGGGCCAGUAAAACCACCUUGUCUGCAGAAAGAGAUCAGUUGAGGGCCCGCUUCAACAGCCUGAAAAAUGAGAAAGAACAGAUACAGCGCAAUUCCUCUUCAGUGAGAAGCCAGAGAGACCAGUUACAGGUCAGUUACGAGUUGCUUGUGAAAGAAAAGGCGCAAUUACAGACCAGCUACAAUGCCCUCGUCAAAGAGAAACAGCUUCUACUAACUAGUAAAACCAAUGUGGCUGCAGAAAGAGAUGAUUUCAAGUCCCGCUUUGACAAACUAAAAAAUGAGAAAGACCAGCUGCAACGUGAUUACUCUUUAUUGAGGAAGGACAAAGACCUGUUACAGGUCAGUUUUGAUUCCCUUGUUCGAGAGAAAGACCAGUUACGGGCCAGUAAAACCACCUUGUCUGCAGAAAGAGAUCAGUUGAGGGCCCGCUUCAACAGCCUGAAAAAUGAGAAAGAACAGAUACAGCGCAAUUCCUCUUCAGUGAGAAGCCAGAGAGACCAGUUACAGGUCAGUUACGAGUUGCUUGUGAAAGAAAAGGCGCAAUUACAGACCAGCUACAAUGCCCUCGUCAAAGAGAAACAGCUUCUACUAACUAGUAAAACCAAUGUGGCUGCAGAAAGAGAUGAUUUCAAGUCCCGCUUUGACAAACUAAAAAAUGAGAAAGACCAGCUGCAACGUGAUUACUCUUUAUUGAGGAAGGACAAAGACCUGUUACAGGUCAGUUUUGAUUCCCUUGUUCGAGAGAAAGACCAGUUACGGGCCAGUAAAACCACCUUGUCUGCAGAAAGAGAUCAGUUGAGGUCCCGCUUCAACAGCCUGAAAAAUGAGAAACAACAGAUACAGCGUGAUUACUCUUCAGUGAGAAGCCAGAAAGACCAGUUACAGGCCAGUUAUGAGUUGCUCGUGAAAGAGAAGGUGCAAUUACAGAGCAGCUACAAUUCCCUCGGUAGAGAGAAACAUCUUCUCUUGACAAGUAAGGCCACUUUGUCAACUGAAAGAGAUAAUUGCAUGUCCCGCUUUAACAAUCUGAAAAAUGAGAAAAACCAACUACAACGGAGUUACUCUUCACUGGGAAGCGAGAAGGAUCAGUUAAAUGCCCGUUACGCAUCCCUCGUUCAAGAGAAAGAGCUACUUAUAGCCAAUAAGGCCAAAGUGGCUUCUGAGAGGGAUGUGGAAAAGUCUUUCUACGACAAUAUUAAAAAAGACAGAGACCAUUUACAAAAAAACUACACUUUGCUGGAGGAGGAUAAGGACCAACUGGAAAGAAAUUAUACUUUGUUGAGCGAGAGGAGUAGCAUGUGUCAGAUCAGGUACAAACUGCUGCAGAGACAAAAAACUUACGUGGACAGUACCUGCAACACUCUGCGCAUUGAAUACGAGUGGCUACGCAGAAAUCACAGCAGCCUGGAGACAGAAAGGUAUGAGCUGCAGAAGACCGUGGACAAAAUGACCAUCAAGGUGAAAAGCAUGCUCUGCGGGGUCGGCUGGAAGAAGUUUGGCGGCAACUGCUACUUUGUGUCGAGGUUGAGUCGGAGCUGGGCAGAGAGCAGGCUUGACUGCAUCAGCAGGGGAGCUGAUCUCGUUGUCAUAAACAGUAGGGAGGAACAGGUAUUCCUGAAUGGUUUAUUGGGGCACAGCCAGGAUGCAUGGAUUGGUCUGAGCGAUCAUAUCGAGGAAGGAAAAUGGGUUUGGGUGGAUGGGACCCCCCUCACUACAGAGUUCUGGAAGGCUGGGCAGCCCAACGGCCUCAGUAACCAGGACUGCGGUGAAAUCCAGGCAAAACCAUUGCAGUUACUAACUUGGAACGAUUUCGACUGUGUUCAUCAACAACGCUCAAUUUGUGAAAAAUGAUGACAAAAUGUGGCUUUAGCCCUAAUGGAUUUAGACUUAAUGGGUAUCUGCUGACACAGUUCAUCUGGAUAUGUUGAAUUUCUUCAGACAGAGUACAAAAUGAUGAAACCUUCUUGUGUGCAAACCACAAUCUGUUUACCAGGAAUGUAAAUAAAUAUAUGCAAGAUGUAUGUCUGAAAUUCA